UUCACCUGCCACGCGGGCUUCUGCACUCUCUCUCUCUCUCUCUCUCUCUCUCUCUCUCUAAUCAGAUGCAAAAUUCCCAGCCAAUUAUCACCGAAAUGCAACACUGAAAAGCUCUGCGACUGCUUGGGACCGACCUUGAUGAAUUUCGAUCCCUCUGAAUCUCUGAUGGCCUGAUGAUAUUAUUAACUAAUUCUCGAGGCUCUUAUUCAAAAUGGCUCCAUUGAUUGAGAUCAGACUGUCGCUCUCCCAACAUUUAGCCUAUGCCCUUGUGAGAGAUCCAUUAAUCUAGCAGUAAAAGUAAUCACAGAGGGUGGGCCUUUUCUUUUUUAUUUAUAUUUUUUUCUUCCUUAAAUUGUAUUGUAGUUUAUUCAUUGAAUUAGAUUAACUUCUAUCACUUGUCUUCAAUGGGGGACUCAUUUGACAAUCUUGGUUCAAGAAAAAACUCUGAGUUGACUAGUGUCAUCAACAAUAAUAAAGUGUCUAAAAGCUGUUUAGUUGCCUCUAGCCCCAAGUCUUUCUCACAGAAAGCUACACAGCAUGUAGUUUCAUUCAAUCCUAUCAGGAUGGGAAGGGGUACUGCUGGUGAUGCGGCAUUGUUUUUACUCAAGGUUGCUGCACUUGAGACAGUACGGAGGUUCUCAAGGGCAAAAUGUCCAUUUUUAUGGCAUGGAAUUCAGGUGUUGCAAGUUCUUUGCUAUCCACCAUUGAAGUGGAUCCAAAGAUGGGCUCCUUUCAAGGGUUUAGUAAACAACAUGCAGGCAUUAUCGAGGCCAUUACUUGUCCUUUCUAUUGCAACUUCUUUCUCUGACAAAUCAGGGUGCAGUAACUUCACCUCAGAUGCUAUCAAUGAUUCCCAUAGCCUGAAUGAUUCUCAGGCAUCUUCAGAAUUAAAUUCAGAGAUACCUUCUGUGCAGUCUACUGUUGAAACAAGGAUUGUUGAUGCAAAUCCUCGAAGUCAAUCAUUUACAAAUUGGUUGCUUCAACUCUAUGAAGAGCUAGAAAAUCAGGGGAUUACUUUACCAGAAAGAAUUGACGAGGAUGAACUUCACAGAUUUUAUAUUGCUGCAAAUGGUGAUUUUUCAUGCUUGCUAUCAUCAGUCAAGAAGACAAUCCGUUGGAGGGAGACUUAUAACAUUCUUUCAGGACAUGAACUUGAAAUGUGGUCUAGUAUGGUCUUUUGGCAUGGAUUUGAUGUGAAGUACAGGCCCUGCCUUAUUGUACGCCUCGGGCUAGCUUGCAGCAGCUUGUCAUCUCAUGAAAGACCUUGCUUUCUUCAAGCUGUAGUAUCGCAAGUAGAGCAUGGAAUUCUGCAUUUAGUUGACCGUGAAAAUCCUCAAAUUACUGUUUUGGUGGAUUGCGAAGGAAUGUCACGUUUGAGAUUUCCCACUCAAAUCAUGAGAUCAUGUUUUGCUAUUUUUCAAGAUCACUUCCCAAAUCGGCUUGGCUUUUUGUUUGCCAUACGGCUUCCUCCAGAUGUUCGAGUUAUUGCACAAACUUUUAUUCAAGUUCUGAAGCCCGUCACUCGGCAAAAGUUGAAAGUUGAAGGGGAGAUGUACCAGGAGGUUCUCAUGGAGAACUUUCCCACACUCCCAUCAUAUCUUGGUGGCACUUGCAAGUGUAUAAGAUGUUCAAAGCUCAGCAUUCGCAAUAUGGGACCGCCUCAAAUGAAUGAUGUGGUCAGCUGUGACGACAUGUCAUCACCUCAUCCAAGCAAUAUGACCAAUACACACAUGAAUGGAAAUUAUGAUCAGGUUUUGCGAUCUGCCAUAGUAAGCAUCCUCAUGCUCUGGGUUCUGAUUGCUCUUGUUGCAGGAAUAUAUGAUCCUGAAAGCAGUCCAUUUUUACCUUCCUAAGGUAACGAAAAGUGACCCUUUUCAUUUCCCUUUUCUCUCUCUCUUGCAUAUAAUAAGUUGCAUCAGUUUUGUACUUUCUACUCUUUCGAAUGUCCUUACAGAAAUCAGAUGAGAAUAUUAUUUUGAGGUUGAUUUCCUCAGGGUUUUUUUUAAUUUUAUAUAUAUAUAUAUAUAUAUAUUUCCUCUGGUUUGAAGGGUU